UUUGUGAACCUCAGCAGCAAAGGUCUCAACAGGACACAUGCAUUCUGUUCUCUGAGUAUCGCUACUUUUCAUCGACAAUGGCGGAGAAAACGAUGCAUGCAAAGUCGGUCGAAGACUUCGCUGUUCAACGGCAUGAAGAAGGUGCCAUGAUUCUUCGUAUCGUGCUCAACGGAAACGAAAAAUUCCUGCCCGAGGAUUGGAUGGAGAGAAGUGGUGCUGAUUCAAUCUUGGCCAAACAGAUCCUUGGAACCAAUGAAGGAUUGUCUGGGACUACCAUACUACAAGUUGAUGAGAGCCUUGUUGUUGCCUUUGACUUGAUCUUGUUGUGGUUUUCUAGGGGCGACGGUUUCAUACAGAAAUCCCUCGACGAAGCGAAUGCAUCGGAACUGUAUCAUCUUUCCGAGUACUUUGGUUUGGAAACUCUCAAAAAGGUGAUUGAAAAGGAGCAGAAACAUCGAGAAGAGCUGGAGCAGGCAAAGCGCCUAGAGCAAGAACGAAAGGAGAGGUUGCUGCAAGAAAGGCUGAAACGAGACGCAGCACUGAGGCGACGAGGAUAUGUCCAGUGCAGUUCGUGUGGGGACUACACACAAGCGCAUUUUCGAGGUCACUACAGUCCAAGAUGCUGGUUUUGUUGUUCCAUGUAGGGUUAUGCUCCAAUGUCCAGCCACUCGGCGACAAAGGACGGUCCAAAUCCUAUCGAUCAAGACUGCAUUUUUUCUACCCAUGUAUGUGUUGUGUGUAUCCAUGUCUGUCUUCUCGGGUAUCAUCGCCGGGACCCGGCUUCCUACUUGCAUUAGAGCAAUGCCAUAUCCGUUUUCGGCUGUUUGUCGUAUUCUUGGAACGGCAACUCGCCAUCAUCAUCCGCCACAACAUAGUUAAACAUGUAUGUUUCCAGCAUUGGAUUCUCGACCAGCAAAUGAUUCUCUUUGGAUGAAAUGAGCCCAAAAGCUUCCUCGUACAGUCUCUUGGCACGGAGUGAAUUGAUGUUUGCGUAGUGGCAUGCAGCGCUGGACAACAAGCCAAUAAAGUAGGCCAAGUCCUCCUGGUUACCACCUUCAUGACGCAUUAGUUGAAAGGCCGUCAAGUUUUCUAAAGCCGAUCCAAUCUCACCACGAUCAAAGUGGACAAUGGCUGCUUUGAGCCUGGCUUGUUCAUGGUGCGCUGUACCCAAGCUUGCCACUGAGAACACUGUUGGAAUGAGGAACAUGCAAUCGCGCACUGUGGGGUGAGCAAUCUAAGCG